AUGCAGAAGGAGGUUCCCACCAAAACUGUCCUGGCACUGUCAAAGGCGGCCUAUAGACAAGAUGUAAUGGAGUACUCCAUCAAAUACGACAAACCAGAGUUGCUAAAACAGUAUAUGAGCUCAGGGAAGAUAAAAGAGGAACUAGAGGAAUGCUUCAUGAAUAAAGCAACAGAGCAGGCCAAAAGAGAGGCAGCUGAGAAGGAAAAGGAUCCUCUUGAGCAAAAGUUUAAAGAGCUGCUGCAAAUGUUAGAGGAUCAAGAAAGAGCCUUCAAGGGAUUUAGAGUCAAAAUCACAGACGAGAUGAGAGAAAGAGACAACCUUCUGAGAAAGUUGAACGAGAGGAUUCAGAUGCUGGAGAUCAUAAGAAAAAUAACAGAAGAACAAGAGGAACACUACAUGAAGAAAGGUGAACUCCUUCAUGUUUCAGAAAAGACCUCAGCAGAAGAGUGUGCCAAAAGAGAGGCAGCUGAAAGGGAAAAAGACCCUUCUGAGCAAAAGGUUAAAGAGCUGUGGCAAAAGUUGGAGGACCAAAGGAGACUCUUGGAAGGAUUAAGAGCCAAAAUUACAGAGGAGACAAGAGAAAGAGAGAAGACCUCAGCAGCUGAAGAGUGGGCCAGAGGAGAGGCAGCUGAGAGGGAAAAGGAGCCUCUUAAACAAAAGGUUAAAGAAUUGCAGCCAAAGAUGGAGGACCAAGAAAGAGCCUUCAAGGGAUUUAGAGUCAAAAUGACAGAGGAGAUGAGAGAAAGAGACAACCUUCUGAGAAAGAUGGACGAAAGGAUUCAGAUGCUGGAGAGAAUAGGGUUGAUAAAGGAGGAACUAGAGGAAUGCUGCAUGAAGACAGAUGGGCUCCUUCGUGAUGCAGCAAAGACCUUAGCAGAAGAGCGUGCCAAGAGGGAGGCAGCUGAGAGGGCAAAUGAGCUUCUCGAGCAAAAGGUUAAAGAGCUGCAGGAAAAGCUGGAGGACCAAGAAAGAGUCUCUGAAGAAUUAAGAGUCAAAAUGACAGAGGAGAUAAGAGAAAGAGAAAAGACUUCACCAGGUACAGAAGAUCUGGCCAAAAGAGAUGUCGCUAAAUGGGAAAAGGAGCUUCUUGAGCAAAAAGUUAAAGAAUUGCAGCAAAAGUUGGAGGACCAUGAAAGAGCCUUCGAGAGAUUUAGAGUCAAAAUCACAGAUGAGAUGAGAGAAAGAGACAACCAUUUGAGAAAGGUGAAUGAAAGGAUUCAGAUGCUGGAGUGCCUACUGAGGAUACCAGAAAUACUAGAGGAACACUACAUGAAGAAAGAAGAAGAAAAGCAGGCCAAAAGAGAGGCAGCUGAGAGGGAAAAGGAGCCUCUUGGACAAAAGAUUGAAGAAUUGCAGCAAAAGUUGGAGGACCAAGAAAGAGUCUUCGAGAUACUAAGAGUUAAAAUGACAGAGGAGUUGAAUGAAAGGAAAAAGUCCUCAGCAGAAGAGCAGGCCAAAAAGGAGGCAGGUGAGAGGGAAAAGGAGCCUCUUGGACAAAAGAUUGAAGAAUUGCAGCAGAAGUUGGAGGACCAAGAAAGAGUCUUCGAGAUACUAAGAGUUAAAAUGACAGAGGAGUUGAAUGAAAGGAAAAAGGCCUCAGCAGAAGAGCAGGCCAAAAAGGAGGCAGGUGAGAGGGAAAAGGAGCCUCUUGGACAAAAGAUUGAAGAAUUGCAGCAGAAGUUGGAGGACCAAGAAAGAGUCUUCGAGAUACUAAGAGUUAAAAUGACAGAGGAGUUGAAUGAAAGGAAAAAGUCCUCAGCAGAAGAGCAGGCCAAAGGGGAGGCAGCUGAAAGGGAAAAGGAGUCUCUUGAACAAAAGGUUAAAGAGCUGCAGAAAAAUCUGGAAGACCAAGAAAGAGCCUUCAAGGGAUUAAGAGCCAAAAUGACAGAGGAGAUAAGAGAAAGUGAAAAGACCUCAGCAGAAGAACAAGCCAAAAGAGAGGCCACUGAGAGGGGAAAGGAGCUUUUUGAGCAAAAGUUUAAUGAAUUGCAGCAAAAGUUUGAGGACCAAGGAAGAGCCUUUGAGGCAUUUAGAGUCAAAAUGACAGAGGAGAUGAGAGAAAGAGACAAUCUUCUGAGAAGGAUGAAUGAAUGGAUUCAGAUGCUGGAGUGUGAGGUAGGUGGGACUGGAGUGCUCCUGCUGGGAGAGGAGCCACUGAGUAUUAUACUGCAGGAACUGCCCGUCGAGAAGUGUGCUUAUGUGUGGUGUUGCCUGUCACCCAUUGCUCAGAUUCACAAAGCACACUGUUUUGGCCACCAUCCUUGCCUGCACCUCAACUGUGGAUAUUCAAACAAUCAGCCUGGGUGUUCCUCAGGUGCUAUGCUCACAAAGCCAGUAGAGCAGAUCUGUUGGUGCAGAACUGCUGAGGUCAGGCAUGGGACUGCUGUAGUCUUGCACCUGGACCUGCCAUGA